GAGCACACCUCCUCAGGCACUCAUACAUCCUGCUGUCAAGGAUGUAGAUGUAUUUGAAUGUUGUCGAUAUGACCGCCAGCCUUUUCCUCUUUCAACAUGCCUGCAGCGAUGCACCUCACUGUGCUUGUGUCCCUGUUUGCAGCGACUCUCUGUGAAAACAUCACCACUUCCUCCACAACCAAACUUGCAAAUGAGAUAACAAGUGCUGCACACCACACCAGUUUGGCUGCAACAAAAACUAGUUUAUUCAAUGUGACAACCAACAACACACAACAGCCUCCAACAACAACACACCAGAUUACCACUGCCGUCACUUCAGAAAACAUUUCAUCAUUACCACCGCCCUUGACUUCCCCACAAACACCCAACAGGACAGAGGAAACACAUCCCAGUGUCACUCCUCCUCAGACUACAACGACCAACCAGACAUCCAACGAGACCGGUUUCCAUGGAUCAACACUCCCUCCUGCACCAGAAUCACCAAACAUCACCGCAAUCACCACUGUAAACAUAACCAGCCCAGAUCUUUCACACGAGUGGGGUGACUUAGCAGCAAAUCCCGGCCUCGUGGCUAUCCUUUGCAUCUUCUGUAUCAUCUUAGUCCUCGUGCUGGUGGUUGUCAGCUUGAAAUGCAUCCGAUCACCGAGGUCCAACUUCGAGAGGCUUGAAGACGUGCCGAUGAGCAAAGUCAACGAGGAGUCUCCAUUCGCCCAGUACACAAAAUGACAAAAGGGGCUUCAGACACUGAAAUCCAGGAGGAGUCCAGUUUGCCGUACAACUCUUAUUUCUUUACAGAACACUUUUGUCAAUGACAGUGGAUUAUUUCUGCCCAGCUUUGACCUGCUUGGUUGGCUGCUUUUAAUUCUGCUGAUUGAAGCUGAAUCAACUCUUUUUCCGUAGUUUCUUUUGAAAAAAGAAUCAGCCUAAAAAGCAUAUUCAUAAUUGCACUCUUAAAUGUAACAUUAUAGGAAUACAGUACAUUUUAAGUUUCCAUGAUGAUUUAGGGAUUUGUAUCAUCAACAGUGCAUGGGAAGAUGUACGCAUUUCCAGUAUUGAAUGUGUACGUGAAAAUAAUGUAUAAAUGUCUGUAUACAUAGAAACGUAAUUGGAAUGUACAAGUGUAUGUGAAGUAUACAGUUUGUAUUGUUAUUUAUUGCCAUAUAUUAUGUAUAAAUAAUGUAUACCCUGGCCUGAGACAUCCAGCGUAGAUUAGUUUUGAUCUAGAAAUAAACGUAUUGGUUGAGUUACAUUUUAGCAGGAACAGUGAAGAAACCCAAUUUAUUGGAAUAAUUAUAGCCAAGAAAUAUUAAGACUGCCAACUAACCAAGGCAAGAGAUGACAUAACAAAGGAAACAUAUUUAGACUAUCUACAAAUAAUGCCAACAAGUGCACUUGCUUGCUAAACCUUCAAAUUCAAAUACUGGUAGUUUAUCUUUGCUGGAUCUUCUGUUAUCCUGGUCCUUUAGAUUAUUUCUGCCUUCUAAAAACAAUGAAACUAGUCUGCAGAAACAUAACAGGCCUUUUUUGUACAGCUAAAGACAAAUGUUGUAUAUCUCUCACAUACAAUGUUGACACAUAAAGUCCUCUGCAUGUUCUGUGUGAGAGGACAUGAAAUGUGUCAACAUUGUAUGUGAAUCGUAUGUGCGUGGCAAAGCUUCUCUUAUUCAUUAAUUGUUAUUCGGUUAACAUCCUAUAGUGAUGACUGAGACACACACAGCCUUCUUUCAAUAGAAAAUGAAACAUUCAGACUACUUUCAAAUUAUUUUGACAAAGUAAUUUUGCUGUACGUUUACGCUCAGGAGUUGCAGUAAAUCCAUGCUUUUAAAAAUCUGGAUGAUCACGAUAUAAACCUCUUCUGUGUGCAUUACACACUUGCUGCCAGACCAAUGUAAAGUACAUAAUUGUGAUAUUUUCAAUAAAAUAAAAGGAAUAUUCCUAAAACA